AUGUCAGGUCCUGCGCUCUCUCACUUGGCUGUACUGCGCUGGCGUGUACCCAGAGUGAUUGGCUCUGUGCGAAACAACUCAACCAUCCAAGAAGCACGCCAGAAACAUUCUAAUAUUAUCCGCCGCUUGCAGAGGCAAGAGCGUAUCGCAGCCGCCACUCUGGAUGCUGAUAUAGACGACUUCCUGCAACGACUUGAACCUUUUCACAAAUCAAGGGCUGCAAACGAUGAUACUGUCAACACUGCUUUACGACAAAACAAGUAUAUUUGUACAGAACGACUGUAUCAUGACAACAACUUAACCAAACUUAGUCAAGAAAUCAUCGAGCAUUUCGAUGACUUGAAGAAGCACCUCGCGGAUCUCAGGGAAGAGCCCUUCUCAGACUGGCAGCCUGGCGACUCGGAUAUUGUUCUCCGUCAACUAAAUGAUCCAAAUCUCAAGCCCGGAGAUCUGGAGACCGAGUUGAAGACCAGAGAAAAGGAUGUCUUACGUCUUCUUAAAAAGGCCGACGAACACCACGCAGCGUUGGUGAAAGCUAGAGAAGCCUUGCGUGAAAAAGGCGUUGCCGCUGCUGAAGCCGUCGCUGACAACUUCGUCAACGCACAUGUCUCCGACUAUGCAAACAUUGAUGUCCCUUUGAAUCCUGUCGACCUUGAUACUAUAGACGAAGAUCCCUCAGCCAUUCUUGCUUCGAUCAGGGAAAGGGCUCCCUGA